AUGACUUAUUCCAUUCUCCCCGAAGCCUGCAUCCUGCCGGUUGAUUGCAACUUGCAACACCCCAAGCUGCCUGCUAUCCGCCAAAUCGACGCUGCGUCGAUUGACUUUGCCAUCUUGCGAAACUGGCUUCUUCACUGCCAGACUCAUCACUCAGCGACAUGUGGACCUUUAGAUCAAGCCCUCCUGCAGGAGAUCACUGGCUUGAAGUUGAUAGACUGUCAAACAAGACAAGUCGUAGAAGCACCUAGGGACGCUACCUAUGUGGCUCUUAGCUACGUAUGGGGCAAGACCCAUGCUGCCGAAGCGACAGUCUUGAGCCUGUCCUCUUUGUCAGAAACUGUGCCAAGAACCAUCGAGGACGCGAUACAAGUGGUACUACAACUCAAUCUUAAAUACCUAUGGGUAGAUAAGUAUUGUAUCAACCAGUCUAACGAUAUCGAGUUGGCACAGCAAAUUUCCAUCAUGGACAUGAUCUAUAACGCUGCGUUCUGCACUAUCGUGGCAGCCUGCGGAGAGGAUGCUUCUUUUGGCCUGCCUGGAGUUGGUUUAACAGCGAGAUCAGAACAACCGGCAAUCUGUCUGAACGGCCAAGUUUGGGUGUCAAGCCUUAGGGACCCUGCGCCGGCGAUCAAGACGUCGACAUGGGCCAACCGAGGCUGGACCUACCAAGAAGGGCUGUUUUCUAGGCGGCGUUUCAUAUUUACUGAGGAACAGGUCUAUUUCGAGUGCAACAGAACCAGGUGUCUGGAGACAGUCAGCUAUGACCUUUACUAUCAGUCGAACACUACGUACUACGGUCCUGGCGGGAUAUUCCAUGGCAGUUUCGGGUAUGGAGAGGACGGUAAACUCCGUUGGCACAUCUUGGCAUAUAGCAAACGGUCAUUGUCGUUCCAGAACGACAUUAUAAACGCUCUCGGUUGUGUUUUUCGGCUAUAUUCGCACAUGUCCGUUCCGACGCAUCACUAUUGGGGUGUUCCCAUACACUACGACUCGGACUGGCACUCUCUCUGGCCAGCCAAGAGUGCCGUGAUCGAGCCGGACACUUUCCACCGGUUUGAGGGUGAGAUCGACGCUACCUUUGCCCGCGGCCUCUGCUGGCAACUAGAGGUCGACCAUCCCUUGGCAAGAGCUAAAGACUGA